CACGAAUAAAACAAAGGUUUUAUACAUGAGAAAAUGCUUAUGAUCAAUGUAAUAUGAUUUUCAUUCAAAUUGCCAUUUCCCCUCCAAGUUUCAAUUUGAAAUCACUUUGAACCAAAGAUCCUUAAUGCACCCUAAAACAUACUUGAAUAAAUGAAUGAAAUAGAAAUCAAUGGAUCAUGAAUGAAGCAUGAAAAACUUGAAUCAAUAAGAACACUAAUGAAACAUGAGACCAUGGAUUAGUGAUGCAUUGAUGAGACCAUGAAAAUAUGAAUGAAAUAAGACCUUGGAUCAAAUGAACAUCAAAUAAGUAGACAUACCACAAGCCAUGAUCCACAAAUAAACAAGAAUGGCAUGAUCCAAACCACAAUGAUCAGAUAUCUUAAACCAUGAAUUAGGAUUUUAGCUAGAUCAAGAUCAAGAUGCAAAGUAAUAAUUAAGAACCUCAAACCAAGAAUUGAGGCUUCAACACAAGUGCUCCACCAAUGACAUGAACCAAAAAUAGGGUUUCCAACACCUUAAUGCAAGUCACAUGAUUCAUGAACCUCAAAGACCAAAAACUAGGGUUUGAGCAUGAAUAAACACCAUGAAGUAGUCUCCAAGGUCUCAAGUACAUAGAAUUAGGGUUUUGCACCUUGACCCAAAUGAUGGGCUCUCCACAUUGACUGCAACGUCACAAUUCCUAGGGCUUGAUUCUCAAGCAAACCUGACUUCUGGUUAGGUAUAAACAAUCUCAAACCUUUGAAUCUAUGAUGAUGUUAAUACACUAGAUGGUAUGGAUGCAUAUGAAUGCAAAUGAAUCUCAAACCAAAAGGUUAGAUGAAAAUGAAAAGGGGAGUAUCCUUAGGUUUGAGUAUCCUUAAAUAACAAUGCAAUUUUUAGGCUUUUCUCCAAUGGGCAUAAGAUUUGACCACAUCCAUAUUUGUAGAGGAUUUUGAGCACACGAGGAUUUUCUGGGGAAGAGAUACGAUCUGAGAUGUGUUGUGAUAAUGUUGUUCUAAGUGAUAUUUUGCACAAUCAAUAGGAAACAAACAUGCGUGAAAAUGUCUGUUUCAAAAAGAAAAAAAUCAAGAUAAUGGUCAGAGUGAAAUCUUAAAGUUGUAAAUGGAAGAGAAUACAUCUAAUAAGUGAGAAAAGACGGUAUAAAUAUAUAAAAAUGUAAAAGAGAAUUAAUAAAAAAUCAAAAAAUUUAAUUUCUUCUGAUACCAUGUUAACUUUUGUUCAAUAAAAUCAUUAAAAAAUGUUAAUUUUUGUUCAAUAAAAUCAUUAAAAAGAGAGAUAAUGCAGAAAAUUAAUAACCAAAAAGAGAAAAUAUAAUAUCACAAACUUAGAAAUUUAUUAUUAACCUACCCAAUACACAUAUGAUGUUAUAACUACAAUCUAAAAAUAUAGAAAAUUAAUUAUAACAUAUGAUGUUAUUAUUUUAUAAUAUUUUAAAUUGGAAUAAAAGAGAGAGAAAAAUGCAUGCAAAAAUAAAAUCUUAGUCAGCACACAGCACUAACCAGACACAAACAUUUCAAAAUUCCAAAUCAACCUUUGUUUUUUUCCAAUGUCUCUUUCACUUUUCUCUUUUUGCUUUCAAUAUUUCUUAUGUCUAUGAACCUUUCUUUCUUCAUGGCUUCCAACAACAACACCCUUCUCGACCCACUUCAUUCCUCCGGCAAUCAUUCCCUUACUCCGGAGACACACAGACGUCGAAAUUCGAACAUUGUCAUUGCUCUUCGCCGCAGAAGUACUCAUAAGAAAUAUUCUGGUAGUACCCCUGUGAAUUUCAGACAAGGUUUCGUGAAAAAUGAGGUUUCUGCGAGGAAACUGGCAGCUAGUUUGUGGCAGAUGCGGUUUGUUGAGUUCUCGGGUGAUUGCGGCAAUGUUAUGGAUGAUGGAUGGUUUCGAUCUUCAAUGUUUAAGGUUGAAGCCAUAGAGCCAUUGAUCAAAUCUUCAAAAGAAAGGGAAUCAAAAUGGAACCCUUUACAUGAUAAAGGAUCCAAUGAGUCCACAAUUGUUCAUUGGAGGAAGCUUCUUGAAGAGAGAAAACUAGUUGGUGAUCAACACGGCUCGUUCGUCGAGGUUCUUCUCGAAGAACUCCUUCGAUCACAAAGAAUGGUUAGAAAACUUAAAGCCAAACAGAAUUCCUCCGAGAAAAACGUCAGACAGUUUUUGCAAAAUCUCGAACUCGAAAAAGUGUUAUGGAAAUGCAAAGAACACAAGAAGAUUGAAAAAAAGUUAGAUGAGUUAGAGGGAAAGUUGGCAAGGGAGAGAAGAAAUAGAGAAAGGAUGGAGUUUUUGAAUGCCAAAUUAUUGCAGGAAUUGGACAAGGCGAACGAAUGCGCGAAGCGGUUUAGGAAAAACUACGAAAAGGAAAAGAGAAAAAGAGAAUUAACAGAAAAAGUGUGUGAUGAAUUGAACAAUCAAAUAGAAGAAGACAAAGGUGAGAUUGAGAAGCUUAUGAGGGAAGCAAUGGAAAUUUACAAGGAAGUUGAAGAAGAGAGGGAGAUGACGAAAAUGAUCGAGCUAUGGCGCGAAGAACGCGUGCAAAUGAAGCUAGACGAUGCGAAAAACCUACUCGAAGAGAAAUAUAAUCAAAUGGUGGAUUUGAUUGCUUAUCUACAAAGGUUUCUAAGAUCAAAAGGCGACGAAGUUUGCAACGAGGAGAUAAUGGAUGCUCGGUUGAUCGAACAAGCAGUUGAAUCGGUAAACAUUCGACAAAUUCUCAAACUUUCUUAUAAUUUCUCAAAAUCAGAUAAUGUAUUUCCAAUCUAUGAGGAAUAUAGUAAAAGUGAAGAAACUGGUAUGAUAUAUUCUGCUCCUGCCUCUGAUCAACCAAGAUCGCGCCGCAUCGACGAAAAAACAAUCUCUAUUGAAGGUAGCUUGAAACAGCUUGAAUUAUUGGGGCAAGGAAACUCAAGAGAUAGCAAUAAUCCUCACAUAACUCGUGGGAUGAAAGGAUGUAUAGAAUGGCCAAAAGGUAUUAGAACUAAUUCCAAAGUUAUUAUUCCUUUGGAAGAAAGAGUGAAAAACCAGAAAUCUCAAUUGCAACACAUUCUUAAGCCAAAGGCUUUUUUAAAUGAGUUUUGAUGAAAAAUUGUUUGAGUUAAGAUUCAAAUUCAAAUUCUUUUGGAUGGUUCAAUCUUUGAUAAUGGUCUUAGAAACAUAAUGGAGACAACUCCACGAAUUAUGUUUUUUCUUUUGUUGGAUAAGUUUUGGUUACAUUGUGCGCAAAAGCAAUGUAGUUUUGUUCAUAUUUUAAAAAAGUUGAGUACAAUUUUUUGGA